AUGCAUAACGACAUAACUGAGUCUAAGAACAAGACGACAGGAAAAUCAAAUGAGAAUCCCAAUCUGUGGAUAGAACGCUUCUUCAACCGUAGAUGCUACAUCACCUUCCUGACUGGCUGCUACAGUUGCCACUGGCAAUACAGAGAGUGGGAAAAAACUGAACUUGGAUCUUGUUGCUGCUCCUGGAAAGAGCAGUUUUUUUAUCUGUGCCUGGUGAUUUCAUUCAUCUUGUCUGCAGUUUUUCUGUUCGUGUGGGCAGAAACCUCCAAUGAAUACAAUAGCUUUGACUGGGUUGUUUAUCUGGGGAUUAAACGCUGGUUCUUGUGGUCCAUUUUUAUGUUGAGUGCAGCUGGAAUCCUGACUGUCUACACUACCUUGCUUUUGGUAAUAAGUUUUUUUUUGCUCUGGGAAAGGAUUGAACUAUACCUGCAUAUGUGUCAUAAGAUCCUCAUUUUGCUAGUAAUUCUGCUGUGCUCCUUCUUACUAGCUAUUUUAAACAAAUACUGGACUGACAAGUGGCUGAUAGCUGGGCUGUCACUGCAGAUCUUUGCUCCCUUUGUGCACCUGAGCCUCCUAACUGUGAUGAUUAUACUUUCCUGGCCUCUAGCCAUCAUUAUGGCUCACUUGGAAUCAGAAGUUAGAAUAAGAAGAUACAAGAUGUCAGGUUACGAGCAUGAAAUCGAGGAGGGAUGUCCUAUAUUCACAAGGUUACAAGCUCUACAAGUAGCUGCUGGAUUGCCCUUCCUUCUUAUUCUUUUAUGUCUUUAUUUGAUGCCAAUGGGGAUUUAUUCUCCCUGCGUUCUGAAGAGGAAGGAUUUAGGGCCCAAGCCUACCUUCUUUGGACACAGAGGCGCACCCAUGUUGGCACCAGAGAAUACCAUGAUGUCCUUUGAGAAGGCCGUUGAACAUGGUGCCUCUGGCCUGGAGACUGAUAUAUACUUAAGUGUUGAUGAGGUGCCUUUCCUCAUGCAUGACCAAGAUGUGAGUAGAACAACCAAUAUCAGAGAGGUCCUACCAUCGUCUGCUUUUAAUCAUGCUGCCACCUUCAAUUGGACUUUCCUGUCAAGUCUGAAUGCCGGAAAAUGGUUCAUAAAGCAUAAGCCAUUUUUUGGCAUGAAAUCUUUAUCAGAGGCUGAUAAAAGAAGAGCAAGCAACCAAACAAUUCCAUCACUGACUGAUUUAUUGGAACUUGCAAAAAACAAAAGAAAGUUUGUGAUAUUUGAUCUUUUCGGCCCUCCACCAAAGCAUCCUCUCAGAAACACAUUUGUUCGAAAAGUAGUAAAGGUCAUCCUUGACUCCCAAAUUGAGCAACAUCUGAUACUUUGGUUGCCGGGUUUUGAUAGAGACUAUGUCAGGUACAAGGCUCCUGGUUUUCAGCACGUGGGUCGUUUAUUAUCCCUUGAAGAGCUUGCAAAACAGAAUAUUACUAUAAUAAAUGUUGACUAUAAGAGGUUGUUCUACCGUGGUUUGAGACAUUAUAAGGCAGCCAAAAUCCACAUCAAUGUGUACGUUGUCAAUGAGCCUUGGCUCUUCUCAUUGGCCUGGUGUUAUAAGAUCAACUCUGUGACCACAGACAACAUCCAGACCCUGAAUCAGCUUAAUCGCCCUCUCUUCUUCAUGACACCAGGAUACUAUACAUUCAUGUGGCUUUUCCUGGACAUCACUUCUGCAGUUAUCAUUGGCUUUGUAUUUUAUUAUCACUGGAUGAAAGAGCUUAGAAAAGCAAGGUGGCUUGAAACUGAUGCUGAUACCACUGUAUCUACAGGUAUUGAGAACAUAAACCUCCCACAAGGAGAAUCUGAGACUCAAGGAGCUUCACACUUACUUAAAAAGCCUCCUGUCUGA